UAAAAAGGAGAGGGUAACUUACAGGUGUCACAUCUCUUCCUGGCGAGCAGACACGCACACACACACAGAGACUCUGAGACACACUGUGCAGCUAGGAUUACCUUUCAAGAGCGGUACCAUGGCAAAGCGUGUAGCUGUUAUUCUCUCGGGCUGUGGCGUGUACGAUGGCACAGAGAUCCAUGAGGCCUCCGCUGUCCUCGUUCAUCUGAGUCGAGCUGGAGCCAAAGUACAGAUGUUUGCUCCCAAUGAAGACCAGAUGCAUGUUGUCAAUCAUUCUGAGGGGAAGCCUACAGAGGAGAAGAGGAACAUCCUGCAGGAGAGCGCCCGCAUCGCCAGGGGGGACAUUACAGAUUUGGCCAAGUUAGAUGUGUCAGCUUUUGAUGCUGUCAUCAUCCCUGGUGGUUUUGGUGUAGCCAAAAACCUGAGUGACUGGGCAGUAAGCAAUAAGAACUUUAUCAUCAAGCCAAGUGUGGUGAAGAUUCUCCAGGACUUCCACAAAUCUGGAAAGCCGCUGGCCUUGUGCUGCAUCUCCCCAGUCCUUGCUGCCAAAAUCCUGCCUGGUUGUGAGGUCACAGUGGGUCAAGACACAGAGAGCGACAUGUGGCCGUACGCCCAGACCGCCUGCGCCUUGAAGGAGAUGGGCUGCAAGUACGUGAAUAAAGAUGUGGAGCAAGCACAUGUUGACGUCAAGCAUAAACUUGUCACCACACCCGCUUUCAUGGGCAAUGCCCCCAUUCAUAAAGUUUUUGAUGGAAUCGGCGUCAUGGUUAAAGAAACUCUUAAACUUGCUUAAGAUGUCUUCAUGUUGCAUUCUAUUGUGCAUUUCCUUUCUUUGGUGUUGGAAACAGUACAUCGAUAUGUGCAUCAUUACAAAAGGGUUACAGAGAUGGAAAUAAACAUGUUGGCAAACCAAACCAUUGCUUUGCCUGAUUCCUAUGUCAGAACACGUGGAUAGUGCUGAAAUA